CUAUUCAAUUAAAAAAAUACCAUCAAUUUCAGCAAUUCAUUUUCUCAAUUUCCAUGGUCUGCUGAAGGCGCCAUCUUUGCAAUGGCAUGCCUUCGCAGGCUCCGUUCUUCCCUUCUUAGGACGAGUUUUUCUCAUUAUGGAUGUAAAGAAGUUUUUCUUGGAAAUACAGGGUUUUCUCGUCGAUAUAGUAAUUUAGCGUGUUCAGAGCAGAAAAUAUUGAAGUUGGAGGACCAAGAUAAAUUGUUAGCAACUGCAAAUGAUCCAUUUUCUGAGGAAGAAAUCUUGAAAAUUAGGGAAGAAUACAAUGCUGCGAAGGAGAGGUUUCUAAAGAUUCCUGAUGCAUUGAAACAAAUGCCCAAAAUGAAUCCUAAAGGUGUAUAUGUUAAUAAGAACGUGCGGUUGGACAGCAUAGAAGUCUAUGGAUUCGACUAUGAUUACACGUUGGCGCAUUACUCCUCCAAUUUACAGAGCUUGAUUUAUGAUCUUGCUAAACAGCAUCUAGUUAGUGAGUUCAAAUAUCCUGAUACUUGCUUGGAAUUCAAGUAUGAUCCUAGUUUUCCCAUCAGAGGGUUAUACUAUGACAAAUCAAAGGGGUGUCUCAUGAAGUUAGACUUUUUUGGGUCAAUUGAGCUUGACGGAUGCUACUAUGGCAGGCGCAAGCUCAGCCAGGAAGAAAUAGAUGAGAUGUAUGGUACAAGACAUAUUGGCCGUGAUCAAGCGCGGGAACUAGUUUGUUUGAUGGAUUUCUUCUGUUUUAGUGAGGCAUGCCUUAUUGCUGACAUUGUGCAACAUUUUGUUGAUGCUAAAUUGGAAUUUGAUGCUCGUUAUGUAUAUGAAGAUGUGAAUCGAGCGAUACAGUAUGUUCAUAAUAGCGGCUUAGUUCACAGAGGAAUACUUGCUGAUCCCCCUAGAUACCUUGUAAAGAAUGAUCAGCUACUACGCUUUCUAAGGAUGCUGAAGGAUAAAGGAAAGAAACUUUUCUUGUUGACCAAUUCUCCCUUUUAUUUUGUGGAUGGAGGGAUGCGCUUUAUGUUGCAGGAUUCAUUGGGUCAGCAAGACUCCUGGAGGGAACUUUUUGAUGUUGUAAUUGCUAAAGCAAACAAGCCAGCCUUUUACAAAUCUGACCAUCCAUUUCGCUGCUAUGAUGUGGAGAAGGACACGUUGGCUUUUACGAAAGUUGAUGCUUUCUUUCCCGGUAAAAUUUACUACCAUGGAUGCCUUAAAACGUUCUUGCAGAUUACAAAGUGGAAAGGUCCAGAGGUGAUAUAUUUUGGGGAUCACCUCUUUAGUGAUCUCAGAGGGCCUUCAAAAGCAGGGUGGCGGACUGCUGCCAUCAUCCAUGAAUUGAAGAAUGAGAUCAUAAUUCAGAAUGACAAUACUUACAGAUUUGAACAGGCGAAGUUUCACAUAAUACAAGAACUUCUUGGUAGGCUUCAUGCUACAGUAACUAAUAGAGAUACAAGUGAAGCAUACAAGUCUCUCCUUAGGGAGCUCAAUGAAGAGAGACAAGAGACUCGCUACAAAAUGAAAGGAAUGUUCAAUAAAUCAUUUGGAGCUACAUUCCUCACUGAUACUGGUCAGGAGUCUGCUUUUGCUUACCACAUUCAUCAAUAUGCAGAUAUCUAUACUAGUAAGCCUGAAAACUUCUUGUACUAUCCGCCUGAGGCUUGGCUUCACGUGCCCUUUGAUAUAAAAAUCAUGCCACACCAUCUAAAGGUUCCAUCAAAUUUGUUCAGGAAUUGAUUACAACUAUCAUAUUGCCAAUGCUAAGGGAUCAUAAACCAGUGUACUACUAACUUUUAUGGAGACCUGGAUAUUCUUAGACAACCCAUGUCUGGUAGCAAUUUUGCUGAUAUUUUUAGUAGAUUCAUUAGCAUUCUAGUGUUCCUUCAGGGACAUUUGAUAAAAUUGGAACGAUACGGAGAAAAUUAGCAUUCUAGUGAUUGUAGCAUAUGCCCUUGUUCCUUAUUGUAACAUAGUUGUUUUUAUGGAGGGAAAGCAAGUCUAUGGGGCAGUAUUCAUAGUAAAUGAUUAAUAUUCAAUUGUUCUUGCAACUACCAGAAUAAAAUGUAAGAACCAGUACUUGAUACAUGUCAAAUACAUAAAGAAGCUGAUUUUAGAAUUUUGAAUCA